AUGAAAUCCUCAUUCAUCAUUCUAGCCGCCGCUGCCGCGUUCGCAGCCGCGCAGCUCGAUCAGCUCGACAAGAUUCCGCAAUGCGCCCAACCUUGCGUCUCGUCGGCCAUUGACGGGACGAAUAUUGCGGGCUGCAAGGCUGCCGACAUUCGUUGCGUCUGUGGAAACAAGGACUUCAUUGCUGGCAUCUCCUGCUGCCUCCAGAAGAGCUGCAGCCCCUCGGAAAUCGAGUCAACCAUCAACUUCGCUAACAAGCUGUGUGCUGCCAGCGGCGUCGACACUCCCAAGCAGCUUGUCUGUCCUUCUGGCUCUGGCUCCCCCUCCGGCGCAACCCAGACGAAAAACACCAGCCCUACUGGCAGCGGAACUGCUGCCACUGCCACUGCCGCUGCCACUCACACUGGUGGUGCUGCUGCUGCUCCUACCUUUGGCAACGCGGUUGGCCUUGUCGGUGCUGCCCUGGCCUUCGCUGCCGCUCUCUGA